AUGAUAUCUGCUUUUUUCAUCUUCAACCAGAAGGGCGAGGUCAUAAUAUCCAGGAUCUUUCGAGACGACAUCAAGAAAACCAUCUCCGAUGUCUUUAGAAUCCAGGUUAUAUCUUCCGCCAACAAUAUUAGAUCUCCAAUUCUCACCUUGGGCUCGACUACUUUCUUACACAUUAAAAACUCAAAUUUAUGGUUUGUUGCAAUAACAAGAUCCAACCAAGAUGCUAGUAUCAUAUUCGAAUUUCUUUAUAAAUUCCUAGAUCUCUUGAACUACUAUAUCCUAAACCAACCCGUAAGCUCAAUUCAAAUCAACCUAUCCUCUUCAAACAAUGCCAAAUCUAAAACCUCUUCCAAAAUCUCUGACAAUAAAAUCGACACUUCAAAUCUAAACAACUUGUCUCUAAACCUCUCUAAUAACAUGAGCAUGAUCAACAAUAAUCUCUCAAAUGCAAACAAUAACUUGAUCAAUAUAAAUAACAUCUCCUUCUUAACAGAUCAACACAUUAAAAACAACUUUUUUUGGAUCAAUGAACUACUAGAUGAAAUCAUGGACUUUGGUUAUCCACAAAAUAUGGAACCAACAACUUUAAAACAAUACAUUCAAAUUCCACAACCUUCAUCAACUACCAACUCUUUGAAAAAUUUAAUCUCCUUAAACAAAUCAAAGGAUCUCCUAUCAAGCACUAAUAACCAAGACAACAAGCAAAGCAACAACAACAAUAACAAAAAUAAUAAAAAUAAAAAUAGUUCCGAUGACAUUAAGGAUGAUAACUCUAAUAGUACGACUGCCACAAAAAAUCACAACUCCUCAUCAAAUGCCAACCUAACGAAACAAUCAACUUCUGAAAUAUCUUGGAGACCUCUUGGAAUCAAAUAUAGGAAAAACGAAGUCUUUUUAGAUGUCUAUGAAAACUUAAACCUUUUAAUGUCUGCAAACAGCUCAAUUUUAAGACUAUAUAUAGAUGGUUACAUUAAAAUGAAGUCUCACUUAUCUGGUAUGCCUGAAUGUAAAUUUGGUUUAAAUGACUCUCUAUUUGUUAACGGUAAUGAAUUUGCUAUCAACACUGGCAUCCUAAGAAAGUCCUCAACAAACUUGAGCAAUUUUAACAACAAUAAUAACAAAGUCAAACUAGAAGACUGCAAAUUUCACCAGUGUGUCCAACUAAACAAAUUCGACCAGAACCGUUUAAUCACCUUUAUUCCUCCCGAUGGCGAUUUCGAAUUGAUGAGAUAUAGAGCAAUGGAAAACAUCAAAUUGCCCUUUGAAAUCAUGGUCAAAGUUAAAGAGUUGUCGAAAACAAGAAUGGAAUACAACAUAAAAAUUAAAAGUCUAUAUGAAAAAAACUUCAACUCAAAUCUUUUGAUCAAUAUUCCCGUACCAACAGGCACAAUCAAAUUCUCAAACGCAAUUAGUGGCGGUAAAGCAAGAUUCAUCGCCGAAGAUAAUAUAAUAGUUUGGAAAAUCAAUAAAUUUCCUGGCAAUUUGGAUCAUUUCUUCAAAGGAAACAUUGAAAUUGUUCCAUCUCAAGCAAACAUUCCUGUACAAACUGCAAACAUUUCUUCAAACUUACUAAACUUGGACAACGAUGAUACCAAUGACACUUAUAAUAAUGACAAAAACCUUAUCAAUUCUUUUGAAAAUAUGGAAUAUCAAAAUAUUAAAACUAGCACUAUAACAAACAAUCUAAUUAAUUGGUCAAGGCCUCCAAUUUCACUAAUCUUUACAUUGAAUUCAUUCAGUUGUUCAGGGCUAACAGUUAAAUACCUUAAAGUUGUUGAAAAAAGUGGUUAUUCCACUGUUAAAUGGGUUAGAUAUAUUGCAAAAGCAGGUUCAUAUGAAAUUAGGUAUUAA